AUGGCUUCGGUUUCCAGCAGCGGCGAUUUCGACUUCGGCAAGUGGGACUUCCCAGCCGAGCGCAUCUGGCUGCACAAGCCCAAUGGGGAGAUCACCUGGAAGAUCUGCACUUUUCUGCCACUGAUUGCCUUUGGUCUGUAUGGAAACUUCACCAUGCUUUAUCUGAUAGCCACCAACCGUUCUUUGCGCUCGCCCACCAACUUGAUUAUUGCAAAUAUGGCCGUUGCGGAUCUACUGACCCUGGCCAUUUGUCCUGCCAUGUUCAUGGUGAACGACUUCUAUCAGAACUACCAGUUGGGAUGCGUGGGCUGCAAGCUGGAGGGAUUUUUGGUGGUGGUCUUCCUCAUCACAGCCGUGCUCAAUCUCUCGGUAGUCAGCUACGAUCGUCUCACGGCCAUCGUGCUGCCAAUGGAGACGCGCCUCACCAUAAGGGGCGUCCAGAUAGUGGUGGUCUGCACCUGGGUCUCGGGUAUCCUAUUGGCAUCACCAUUGGCUUUCUAUCGCUCGUACAGGGUGCGAGUAUGGAAGAACUUUACGGAGCGAUAUUGCAAGGAGAACACCUCCGUGCUGCCCAAGUACUGGUAUGUUCUGAUCACCAUUCUGGUGUGGCUGCCACUAGGCAUCAUGCUUAUCUGCUACAUUGCCAUAUUUUAUAAGCUUGAUCGAUAUGAAAAGCGCGUCCUUAGUCGCGAGAACCCGCUGACAGUGAGCUAUAAACGCAGCGUGGCCAAGACACUGUUCAUUGUGGUCGCGGUCUUUGCAGCUCUACGGCUGCCCUUUACAAUCCUGGUUGUACUACGGGAAAAAUACUUCGGUGAAGAUGUCUCUGUUAGCAGUGGAAUGCAGCUAUUCUGGUACAUCUCACAGUAUUUGAUGUUUCUGAACGCCGCCGUCAAUCCGCUGAUCUAUGGCUUCAACAAUGAGAACUUUAGAAGAGCCUACUACCAAAUAUCUUGGGUUCGCCGAUGGCGAGACGCUGCGAAAAUGAAGAAGGUUUCUGGAUCAACAAAUCACUGCUGCUACUGUGCCUUUAUGAAGAAGGGCAAACGGACACAACAGGCAGGAAAUUUAGAGCGAGACAUAAGCAAGGAUAUGUCGUCGGAACAACCAUCGGCCAAGUCAUCUAAGAUAGUUAAAAAUGAACCCACUGAUUUACUUGUAUCCGAAAUCGGGGCAGACGGGUUUAUAUAAAAGAAAUUUA